AUGGUUACUUUUCCUGGUUGGCUCGACAGUAUGCUACAAAAAUUGGAUGGGGACCAAAAGAAAGUGUUGGUUCUGACAUGUUGGGCAUUGUGGAGAAUAAGAAAUGAUGUAGUUUGGAAUAAAAAAGCUCCUACGGUGGCAGGGGUUUUAAUCUUAGCUCAAUAUUGUUUAGAGCAAUGGGAGAAGGCACAAGAUAAACAACAUGUUCCUUGGGCUGCAUUUUUGACUGAUGUUGAUGCGGCUGAAAUAUGGCACAAACCAGCAACAGGUACUUUGAAAAUAAAUGUCGAUGCAGCCCUCUUUGCAGCUCCAGGUGUGCACAGCUUUGUCUGUGUGGCUCGUGAUUCGUCGGGGGCUUCGGUGGAGACUGUUUCUUGUUGUCGGCCUGGGUUAGUUGCACCAGAAAUGGCUGAGGUGAUGGGGGUUAGAGAGGCGUUAAGUUGGAUAAAGAAGAAAUCUUGGCAGAAUAUAAUUGUUGAAACUGAUAGCCUCACUGUUGUGCAAGCAAUUCAGAGUCCUCUUGAAAUGGUGCCUUAUUUUGGAAGUGUUAUUUCUGAUUGUAAAACUCUUUUAGAGGAGUUAAUUGGAGUUUCGGUUCUUUUUGUUAAAUGGUCUGCGAAUAGGGUUGUUCAUUUUUUGGCUAGAGCAUCCUAUUCUGUUGCUGAUCGUAUUAUCACAAGUUAUCUGUGGGUGGCAGCUAAUUGA